AUGACUGGAAGGAAUGCGAGAACGCCUGGCGAUGAGACAAAAGACUGCCAACAGUCUGAUUUCGAUACCGGAAUUGCCAGGAGCCAAGAAUCCUUCUUACUCUUCGCUGUUGUGUUACGGGUUAACCCAUUCCCUGUUGAUCAGUACGAAGGUAGUGGAUGCAGAUGUCCCUGCCCGGAGGAACCGACGAUUAACACUCCUGCUCCUGUUCUUGCUUUAGCUCCUGCUCCUGCGGGUGAUGGUCAACUGAACCAUGCGGAUGUUGCUGUUGCUGCGAAGUUUACGAAGACCCAACCACGACGACGACCACCACCACCACGACAACAACUACAACUGAGGCACCAACCACUACAGAACCUCCGAGACGAUCGUGCUCUUGCUGUUGCCAACGAAGAGGAAGCUGUUGAACCCCUCGUCUGUCCUGAUGGGUGGAUUAGCUACCAAGAUUCGUGCUACUACGUCGAGUCGAGCAAGAUGAGUUUGGGCCAGGCUGAGAAAGCAUGCAAUGAGAAGGGAGCCACGCUAUUUGUCGCUGACUCCAUUGAAGGAAUUUGUGAGUUGCUGAACGAAGUGAUGAAAGAGACACCGCCAUACUUCUGGAGCUGGAUUGGACUUGGACAGUGCGCAACUGACUCAUUCCCGCGGUGGCAAGUCGCCUGGACCGGACGGCUCGAAAUGGCUGAUCCUUCCAUUUUCUUCUGUACCAAACGGAUGGUCCUCGAUUGCUAA